AUGAAGAUGAAUUUAGCCCAUACAGUGAAGUUAUGGCUGGAGAAUCAAUGUUACAGGUUUUGUUGUAGCAGCUCAUUCAGAGGCCUUUUCUACGAAGCAGGAGAAAAGGAAAAGUAGCAAAGGAAAGUAUAAGAUGUAAGUGUAACAAUCUGCCAGCAACCCCUGCAAGAAGAAAUCUCCUUUUCUUCUAAAGAGGAAGAAGACGACGAGCCGAUGAAUUCUAGUGAAGACGAUCGACCUCUGUCUAGCGGAGACGAGUAUGAUGGGCCUACGGAAUUGAGGCACGUGCAGAACAAUAAUCCGAUGAUCCUGUGGACCUUGCGGUUUCUACUCAUGAGUACGGCUGUGUACGGAUACUUCAUGAGUUCUUGUAAGGAAUUAUAGGCAAUUCUUUCUGUGAGCAACAAGAACAGGAACAACGAGAGGAUCAUGUUGUGGACGACCGCCGGAUCAUCCACCUACUCAACGUGAUCUUCUCUAAUCCCCACCUACUAGUUUUUUCUAAUCCGGAAAAGGCCAAUCCGAACAUCAUGAAUUUGCGUGGAGAUACGCCUUUGAUGACGGCAAUAAGGAAUGGACAUGGAGGCGACGUGGUUGCAUCCCUGUUGGAGAGCAAGGCCUACGUGAACUAUCGCCGUCGUGAUUAUCCUGCCAAGCUCUUGGAUGACGAGGUCGAAGUGUUGAAAACGAAAUUGCUGAAGACAGCGCAGAAAAAUACAGUUUUAUGGACGCGUGGAUUGAUUCUUUACAUUCUAGGAAGGGUUAGUGGGUACUUGAUUGUUCAUUCUUGACUUGAUCAUCUAGUACAGAAUGGAGUAGCGGCUGCGUCUGCAGUAAACAACUCAAUAUUUAGAGUUAGAGACUCAGUUUGCUGAAGAUACAUUUGUGAUUCAGAUGAUGCAUUUCCGUUCGUUGGACUUGACUUAAUGCGUUUCACUGUCUUAUCUUUAUUUGACGCAGAAGAUGAAGUUGUCACUACAUCAACACCGGACGAGCAGACAGGAGUAGCACUGGCAGCAGCAUCUACACCUGCAUCCACUUCUCGAAGUAUUUUUGGUAUAGCCUGAAUUUGAUCCUAAGGGUUCUCUUCUUGUUUUCCCUUAGGAUCAAACUCAGGUUCCCAACACCCCGCCCCUUUCCUCCCUUUCAUACCCCAUCACCGCCAAACAGACUGCCGCCCGCGGUCUGAAUGAGGUCGAUCUGAUCGCAGAGCUUCAGGAACAAGAGGUGGUUGUGCAGGAUGACCUGGAUCGUGCUGUGCGUGAGGUGGAGAUGAUGGUGGACGAACUGAAGGAUAUCGCAGGCAAUGGAAAGGCUGGAGCCGGAAACGAUGGUGCUGGAGGUUAUGAGUUGGGUAGAUGAUGAAGAAGAUGAUCCGAAGAGGUUUGAUUUUAGAUCGACAGUAUGAUACUUAUAGAUACUUUUGGUGCGAAGUUGAGAUCGACAUUUAGUCCAGCAUAUUAUUAGGAAAUCGAAAUGAUUAGUUUAAAACUUUGAAUUUGUGUCACAGCGUCUGAGCUCUAAUCCUCAGCAGGUCCUUCUCGUGGUCUCGUUUCCUUCGUACCUGGCAAUUUGGAGUAUUCAUCUGCGCUUACACUAGCUGUACGCAGUGGAGCAGACGCAGAAGUUAUUAUGACACUGCUAAUGCAGAAGCGACCAGCUUCUCCCAAUGUCAACUGCGCCGACGCCGAAGACCGUCUCAAAAGGACGCCUUUGCAUUACCUCUGCCGACGCAAAGACUUGGCUUUAGUCUCCGUUUUCCUUCAGUCUCGUUGCACCCAGGGUUGCGACCCUAACUUACCGGACGGUCUCGGCCAAACGCCGAUCUACGUCGCCAUUGACCAACGUCAUACGGAGAUGAUCAAACUGCUUGGCGACGCCACUACCCAAAUCAUGACGUUCAAAGAGGAAAUACCAAAGCUAAUCCGCAACAGAUCGCACGAAAACCACGUCUUAGCGGCGUUUCCGCAGUUGCCGAGGUUCGCGACGCUGAAAGAUUUAGGGCUACCAGGACGAACUCAUCUUUUUAAAAGGUAAACUUGACGCAUUUGCAUUUCAAAUAAUUUGCAUUUGGAUAAUUUGCAGGGAGAAAAAUGGUCAGAGAUGGAUUGUAUCCGUAAGCUGAUGAACUAAGGACAGUAGAUCUCCAUCUAAAAGAUAGACGAGGCAGAAGGAUUCAGAGGGAUCCGACACAGGUGAGAGUGGAUGCCUUCGACAAGUUUGGCAUUUCACCUCUCCAACAUGCGAUUUUGAAGAGGUGGGGAGAAGGAGUGAGAACGAUCUUGCAGUAUUGGCCGAGUAUUAUUAUGGCGAGCGCGGCCAGGGCAUCAGGAGACCUAGUCCAUCUCCACCUAGUAACAAGUUUUUAUUUUGAAGAUAGAGCAUGCUGCUCAUAUACUCAACUUGAGUCGCUCGAGCAUGCAUUGACUUGUAGUCUUACUUAAAUGCAUUUGUUGUGACUUGUUCAUACACAUCCACUGCCUGAGACAGUCAACUUGUCCAUACACUUCAAGCACAGGGUCAGUAAUAAGAUUGAAUCAAACAUCUAAUUCCCGCUUCCAAACCGGGCUUCCCCUGAAGUCCGCCGUUCGUCUCAGAGACGUGAACGACGUCUACGCCCGUCAGCAGAUCGUUAGCCAUUUACGUCUCGUAGGCUGUGACAUGUUCCCUGCACCCGACGCCAGAAUGGCCACCGAUGACCAGUACUUGCGAGAACUGUUGACUUUGAAAGACGAGAAUGAUUAUGGUCAGCAGAAGUUUUUCUGAUAGUAUAAAAUAUGAUGGACUUCGUGCUGCUGCUCAGGUAUUGUAGGUUGUGCCUCUAGCUCUAGGUGUAGUUUUUCUCAUUUCUAACACUGAUGUUCUCUCCGCUUCAAAGCUUGUUUGUUUGUCUGUCUCGGCAUGAUCUCGAUACUACGAGGACCCUUUUCCCUUGUAUUUCAUGUUGGGAAAGGGGUUGAGAAGAUGAGGGGACGACAGAGGUGGAGAAAAGCUGACUCUAAAAUGAGAGGGCCAAGAAAGUCGCAGCAGGUCAGGGGAAGGCAGUGCAAUUGCUGAUGAUGCAAGUGCCGGGUCAUGAAGCUGCGAUGGAGGCGGUGGAGACAAGAGCGGAAGGUGGGGAUGGUUAUGGCACUUGUCAGAGACCCCAUACUGGUGGGGUUGGGUCUUUUCUCUCGUUAUUGUGUCAACAAGCAGCUAUAGUUGCAGCCAUAAGUUUCUUCAGUGAAUUUGAAGUGAUUUCUGUAUUCCACCACUUUCAUCCCCCCGGCGACGGCGCCGCCGACGGUCGUUCCUCGCCGAAGAAGAAGAAGAAGCGGAGACAGGAGGAGAAAGCCGAAUUGGAGCAGCUGGCGGCGAAGGCGGAAGAUCCUAUAAACUACUACGUACGACGGUACUACAAUGACGCUGGGAGCGAUGAAAACUCCAUCACGUUUUCUGUUAGACAAAGGUUAUGGCUUCUAUUCUGGUUUUUGCAGGUUUAGGCACAAUAAAAAUAGGGGAAAUCCUCGUAAUACAAAGAAAAGAAGGGAAGUUCUUAGAGAAAUUCGUAGAACUCAAAGAGGACCCAGGGAAGUCGUAGGCCCAAUCCGAAUCGACUAACAUCAUCACAAAGAAAAGAAGGGAAACGAGAAAAGAAAGGAAACGAACAUCAUGUCUUUCUGAGCAAGAAGUUUGAGAGCCCAGGCCAUCGGUCAAUAGGACGCUUCUAACCUUCGACGCCGUCUUGCUCCAAGUGCUCGUCCCUUAUGCCGCCAGCGUAGACCAACUGACAGCUGGCUUGUUCGUGCCGAAUAUCAAUGCUGAGUGUUGUAGGAUCUUGCUAGAAGCCAAGGCAGACCCAGAUGGGGAGAUGAAACAGCACGACGCUUUCGUUGCCGACUACCUGGAACACAGUGCUAAGUGGUACGCGUAUCCGCAGUCUAGCUGCUUGAGGGAUGCCGAGACUGCGCCAACUGCGAGUGGUCGGGACAUACACGAACAAAUGCUGCUAGCCAAGAAGGGCCGCAAGAGUAGCAGGUGGGAAGCAGGACAGCGUCCGGGAGAAGCAGACACCGAAGCCAUUGCAGAGAACCCCAGAGGUGGUGAAGAAAAUGCUAUGGGAACUGAUACUCCAGAGCAAGUGAGUGAAGUUGGAGAUACGGCGUUAGUGGUAGCGACGCCUACAUCACCGAAGGGAACAACUGCGAGUGGAGCAAAGGGAGGCAAAAACACUGCCAGUAAACUAGCAGUAGUUCCACAAGACUUAGGGCAUGGUGGGGUAGUGAAUCGUGCUUUGCUGCGCUCCCUUGGGCCGCAUGAGAUCAUCUCCAGGAAAAACCCUCCGCCAGGCGUCUCGGCUGCCACUGUAGCCGAUAAUACGCUGACGCUGGCCAUUACGGUCUUUCUAAAAAACCGCUGACGUUUGUAGAUAAUACGCUGACGUUGGCUAUCAUGGUUUUUCUAAAAAAACUCUGACGUCGUUGGCUGCAGGAAUCUUUCUAAAGAAAGACUUGCGCAGACUCACAAUUUGUGACAACCCCGUCCUCUCGGAUGACCCUAGUGUGAGUAUCACCCACUCGUGCUUCUCUAACCCCCUGCAUGACCGCAAUCUGCUUUGUGUACCUAUCGCCGCUGAAGCAGUGA